CUUCGCCAAUUCUUGUUCAUAACACGCAAGCAUCCAUCAUUCAGCCUCAGUUCAGCUUGUCCUCUCCAUCUCACCUCUCAUCGCUUUGCUCUUGUCUACUCCCCCCAGUUCAUUACUUCGAGGAUACAUAACAGAAAUAUGACUUCGCUUAGUGAGCGACAACAGGAGGCCGCUACCAUGCCUACCUAUGCAGAUUACCGAAAGCUUAUUCCCCCACUCACUGCGAACCUUCACAAAGGCCAGGGAGGACGUAUUGGGAUCAUUGGAGGAUCAGCCGACUACACUGGAGCUCCAUACUUUAGUGGCAUGGCUGCUUUAAGGCUUGGAGCUGACCUCUGUCAUAUCAUUUGUGAUGAGGAUGCGGCUACAGCAAUCAAAUCAUACACUCCUGAUUUUAUUGUCCAUCCGUACAUCAAAAUCCGAGCCACAUCUGAUCUUGCUGGCAUGGAUGAAAAAAAGAUUAGAGACAUUUGGGCGCAAACGUUUGAUGAUAUUGGCACACUCUUGAAGCGACUACAUGUGUUGGUCGUUGGACCAGGUCUUUCGCGUGAUAAGAAGAUGCUUCAGUGCGCAAAACAUGCCAUCGAGAAGGCUAAAGAACUUGAUAUGCCAAUUGUCAUUGAUGCAGAUGGCCUCUUCCUAGUCCAGAAUGAACCAGACUUAGUGCAAGGGUACACCAAGGCAGUGCUGACGCCUAAUAUUGUUGAAUUUGGUCGUCUUUGUAGCGCUAAGGACAUCGAUGCCGAAGAUCAGGACUUGCAAGAGCCAGCGGUCCUGAAGCUUUCAAAGGCGUUUGGUGGGGUUAUCAUUAUUCAAAAGGGAUCAGUAGACGCGAUAUCUGACGGCAAAUCAGUCCAUGCGGUUUCAAACGAAGGUGGACUGAAGCGCUCUGGAGGGCAAGGCGAUAUUCUGACGGGCCUUUUGGCUACAUCCUUAGGCUGGGCUCUUACUUAUUCAAAAGAUUCCACUAAUCAAACACAUCCAGCAGCCUCUGCAGAGAAAGCAGCCAUGACUGCAUGUUUUGGAGCCUGCGUGAUCAAUCGUGAGUGCUCGCGCCUAGCAUACCAGAAACAUAAGCGUUCCGUUCAAUCAUCGGAUGUCAUUAAAGAGAUUGGUCCAUUCUUUAUUACGUUCUAUGACAAGGCGCGACCGAAUGCUCAAUGGGGCGAGGCAAUUUAUGGAUGAGUUAUGAAUCAAAGCCACAGACUGCUUUUCUUAAUUGGAACGAAAAUAGCUCGACUUAUGAUAGUUCCACUAUAUUCUCAAUAUUAAAACAGAG